AUGACCAUCCCAGAGACCACCACAACCCCCUCAGGGGAUACCUCAGAGACCACUACCACCACCACCACCUCAGGGACCUCGACCACCUCGAGCACCUCCACGGCCUCCUCAGUGACCAUCACGACCACAUCAGAGACCGCCCCAACCUCCUCAGGGACCAUCUCCACCAUCCCAGGGACCUCCACGACCACCCCAGAGGCCACUCCAACCACCUCAGUGUCCACCACGACCUCAGGGACCACCACAAACACCCCAGAGACCUCCACAGCCACCUCAGGAAUCAGCUCCACCACGCCAAUGACCACCACGACCCUCCCAGAGACCACCACGGCCUCCUCAGGGUCCACCACGACCACCCCGGAGGCCACUCCAGCCACGCCAGUGACCACCACAACCACUCCAGAGACCCCCACCACCAUCGCAGAGACCACCACGACCACCUCAGGGACCUCGACAACCUCAGAGACCACGUCUGUCACCUCCACGACCACAUCAGAGACCGCCCCAACCUCCUCAGGGACCACCUCCACCAUCCCAGGGACCACCACGAGCACCUCAGUGUCCACCAUGUCCUCAGGGACCACCACAAGCACCCCAGAGACCAUUACGACCACCUCAGGGACCACAACGACCUCAGAGACCUCCACAACCACAUCAGGGACCACCUCAGAGUCCACCACGACCACCUUUGGCACCUCCACGACCACCUCAGAGACCACCCCAACCUCCUCAGGGACCACCAUGACCCCAGGAACCUUCUCCACCACCUCAGGGACUACCACGACCACCCCAGAGACCUCCACCACCAUCCCAGAGACCACCACGAGCACCUCAGGGACCUGGACCACCUCUGUCACCUCCACGACCAUCUCAGGGACCACCACGACCACAUCAGAGACCACCCCAACCUCCUCAGGGUCCACCACCACCUUCCCAGGGACCACCACAAACACCCCAGAGACCACUAUGACAACCUCAGAGUCCACCACGACCCCGUCUACGGCCAUCACCACCACCUCAGUGACCUCCACCACCUCAGGAAUCUCCACGACCACAUCAGGGACCACCAUGACCACCCCUAAGGCCACUCCAACCACCUCAGAGUCCACCACCACCACGUCAGUGACCUCCACAACCUCAGGAACCUCCACAACCACCCCAGAGAUGACACCGACCACCUCAGCAACCUCCACGACCACCUCAUGGACCACCAUGACCACCUCAGGGAUACCCACGACCACCCCAGUGUCCACUCCAACCUCCUCAGGGACCACCACGACCAUCCCAGGGACGUCCACGACCACCUCAGGGGCCACCAGCACUGACAGGAUCACCACGACCAGCGCAGAGAUGACUCCAACCACCUCAUGGACCACCAUGACCACCUCAGGGAUACCCACAACCACCUCAGAGUCAGAGUCCACCAUGACCACCCCUGUGACAUCCACAACCACCUCAGGUAUCACCUCAACCACCUCAGUGACCUCCACAACCUCAGUGACCUCCACGACCAGCCCAGAGAUGACACCGACCACCUCAGCAACAUCUACGACAACCUCAUGGACCCCCACGACCACCCCAGUGUCCACUCCAACCACCUUGGGGACCACCACGACCACAGCAGAGACCACACCAACCUCCUCAGGGACCACCUCAGGGCCCUCCACGACCACCUCAGGACCUUCUUCGACCACAUCAGGGAUCUCCACAACCACCCCAGAGAUGACACCAACCACCUCAGGGACCACCACGACCGCCCCUAAGACCACCCCAAUCCCCUCAGAAUCCACCAUGACCACCUCAGGAACUUCCACGACCACCUCAGUGACCUCCACAACCUCAGGGACCUCCACAACGAGCCCAGAGAUGACACCAACCACCUCUGCAACCUCCAUGACCACCGCAUGGACCACCAUGACCGCCCCAGAGACCACCACGACCUCAGGGAUACCCACGACUUCCCCAGAGACCACUCCAACCACCUCAGGGACCACCCCAACCACCUCAGUGACCUCCACAACCUCAGGGACCUCCAUGACCAGCCCUACCUCCUCAGGGACCACCACCACCUUCCCAGGGACCUUCACAACCUCAGGGACCCCCACGACCACCCCAGUGGCCACUCCAACCACCUCAGGGAUCACCACCACCAUCCCAGGGACCUCCACAACCUCAGGGCCCUCCACGACCACCUCAGGACCUUCUUCGACCACAUCAGGGAUCUCCACAACCACCCCAGAGAUGACACCAACCACCUCAGCAACCUCCACGACCACCUCAUUGACCACCACGACCGCCCCUAAGACCACUCCAACCCCCUCAGAAUCCACCAUGACCACCUCAGGAGCUUCCACGACCACCUCAGGGACCACCACGACCUCCUCAGGGUCCACCAUGACCACCUCAGGGAGCACCAUAACCACCCCAGAGUCCACUCCAGCUACGACCUCAGGAACCUCCACGACCACAUCAGGGACCACUAUGACCACUUCAGGGACACCCACGACCACCUCAGUGACCUCCACAACAAGCCCAGAGAUGACACCAUCCACCUCAGCAACCUCCAAGACCACCUCAUGGACCACCACAACCACCCCAGAGUCCACCACCACCACCUCAGUGACCUCCACGACCUCUGAGACCUCCACGACCACAUCAGGGACCUCCACAGCGAGCCCAGAGAUGACACCAACCACCUCAGCAACCUCCACGACCACCUCAUGGACCACCAUGACCACCCCAGAGUCCACUCCAACCACCUCAGGGAUACCCACAACCACCCCAGAGGCCACUCCGGCUACUUCAGGGACCAUCACGACCACCCCAGAGACCUCCACAACCUCAGGGACCACCACGACCUCGGGGACCACCACGACCGCCCCUAAGACCACUCCAACCCCCUCAGAAUCCACCAUGACCACCUCAGGAACUUCCACGACCACCUCAGGGACCACCAUGACCACCCCAGAGUCCACUCCAGCUACGACCUCAGGAACCUCCAUGACCACAUCAGGGACCACUAUGACCACUUCAGGGACACCCACGACCACCUCAACCUCCACGAUGGCAGGGACCACCACAACCACCUCAGAGUCCACCACCACCACCUCAGAGACCUCCACGACCUCACAGACCUCCACAACCACCUCAGGGAUCUCCACAACCACCCCAGAGAUGACACCAACCACCUCAGCAACCUCCACGACCACCUCAUGGACACCCACGACCACCCCAGUGUCCACUCCAACCACAUCAGGGACCACCACGACCUCAUCAGAGAUCAUCCCAACCACCUCAGUGACCUCCACGAGCUCAGGGACCACCAUGACCUCCCCUAAGACCACCCCAACGCCCUCAGAAUCCACCAUGACCACCUCAGGAACUUCCACGACCACCUCAUGGACCACCAUAACCACCCCAGAGUCCACUCCAGCUACGACCUCAGGAACCUCCACGACCACCACAUGGACCACCAUGACCACCUCAGGGACCACCACCCCCAUCCCAGGGACCUCCACGACCUCAGGGCCCUCCACGACCACCUCAGGACCUUCUACCACCACAUCAGGGAUCUCCACAACCACCCCCGAGAUGACACCAACCACCUCAGCAACCUCCAGGACCACCUCAUGGACACCCACGACCACCCCAGUGUCCACUCCAACCACCUCAGGGACCUCCACGACCACAGCAGAGAUCACCCCGACCUCAGGGACCACCACCACCAUCCCAGGGACCUCCACGACCUCAGGGCCCUCCACGACCACCUCAGGACCUUCUACCACCACAUCAGGGAUCUCCACAACCACCCCAGAGAUGACACCAACCACCUCAGGGGCCACCACGACCUCAGGGACCACCAUGACCACCCCAGAGUCCACUCCAACCACCUCAGUGACCUCCACGACCUCAUGGACCUCCACAACCACCUCAAGGACCACCUCAGAGUCCAUCACCACCACCUCAGUGACCUCCACAACCUCAGCAACCUCCACGACCACAUCAGGGACCACCAUGACCACCUCAGGGACACCCACGACCUCAGGGAUCACCACGACCUCUCCUAAGACCACCCCAACCACCUCAGAAUCCACCAUGACCACCUCAGGAGCUUCCACGACCACCUCAUUGACCACCAUGACCACCCCAGAGUUCACUUCAACCACCUCAGUGACCUCCACGACCACAUCAGAGACCACACCAACCUCCUCUGGGACCACCACCACCAUCCCAGGGACCACCACGAGCACUCCAGAGUCCACCUCAACCACCUCAUUGACCUCAACAACCUCAGGAACCUUCACGACCACCGCAGAGACCACCACCACCUUCCCAGGGACCACCAUGACCACCCCAGUGGCCACUCCAACCAUCUCAGAGACCUCCACGACCUCAGGAACCUCCACAACCACCUCAUGGACCACCAUGACCACCUCAGGGACACCCACGACCACCCCAGAGGUCAUCACAACCUCAGGGACCACCACUACCAUUCCAGGGACCACCAAGACCACCCCAGAGUCCACUCCAACCAUCUCAGAGACCUCCACGACCUCAGGGACCACCACGACCUCCCCUAAGACCACCCCAACCACCUCAGAAUCCACCAUGACCACCUCAGGAACUUCCACGACCACCUCAGGGACCACCAUGACCACCCCUGUGACAUCCAUAACCACCUCAGGGACCACCCCAACCACCUCAGUGACCUCCACGACAUCAGGGACCACCACAACCACCCCAGAGGCCACUCCAACCACCUCAGCCACCUCCACAACCUCAGGAACCUCCACAACCAGCCCAGAGGUGACACCAACCACCUCAGCAACCUCCACGACCACCUCAGGGACCACCACGACCAUUCCAGGGACCACCACACCUCCACAACCACCUCAUGGACCACCAUGA